AUGCUGUGGAGCCCCCAGCUGCGGAGCCCCCAGCUGCCUCCAAGCCGGGGGUUGGAAUAAUGACAGGUGCCUGUUCUGUAGCCAGUCUAAGGCGGGCACCGAGUCUGGGCGAGAUUGGGCUGGUGUUCUGGGCAGGUUGACUUAGCUUUUCCUCUUGGGCUGGUCAAGUUCGGACACGUUCUGAGUGUGCAAAAAGGAGCUAAGCCCUGACUUGUCUCCAGCGAGGGUAUUUAAACUGUGACUAUUGCCAGCUGUGUUCACUGUGGUCACGGGCGGACAGCACUCAUUCUCUAGUGAUCCAGACAGAUGUGUAAUACCAGUAUGUCUGUGUCUACUGAUGGUGCUGUAAGUACCUCACAGAUUCCAGCAUCGGAACAAGAGACCCUGGUUAGACCAAAGCCGUUGCUUUUGAAGUUGUUAAAAUCUGUUGGUGCACAAAAAGACACUUAUACUAUGAAAGAGGUUAUAUUUUAUCUUGGGCAGUAUAUUAUGAAUAAAAGAUUAUACGAUGAGAAGCAACAGCAUAUUGUGUAUUGUUCAAAUGAUCUUCUAGGGGAUUUAUUUGGAGUGCCAAGUUUCUCUGUGAAAGAACACAGGAAAAUAUAUACAAUGAUCUACAGGAACUUGGUAGUAGUCAAUAAGCAGGAACCAUCAAAUUCAGGCACCUCUGAGAGUGAAAAUAUUUGUCACCUCGAAGGUGGGAGUGACCAAAAGGACUCCGUGCAAGAGCUGCAGGAAGAGAAACCUUCAUCCUCAGAAUUGGUUUCUAUACCAUCUACCUCAUCUAGAAGGAGAACAGUCAGUGAGACAGAAGAAAACUCAGACGAAUUACCUGGUGAAUGUCAAAGGAAGCGCCACAAAUCAGAUAGUAUUUCCUUUUCCUUUGAUGAAAACCUUGCUCUGUGUGUGAUAAGGGAGUUACGUUGUGAAAGAAGCAGUAGCAGUGAAUCAGCAGGGACUCCAUCAAAUCCGGAUCUGGAUGCUGGUGUCAGUGACCAAUCAGGUGAUUGGUUGGAUCAAGAUUCAGUUUCAGAUCGAUUCAGUGUAGAGUUUGAAGUUGAGUCUUUAAACUCAGAAGAUUAUAACCUUAGUGAAGAAGGACAAGAUCUCUCAGAUGAUGAUGAUGAGGUAUAUCAAGUUACUGUGUUUGAAGCAGAGGAGAGUGAUACAGAUUCAUUUGAAGAUCCUGAAAUUUCCUUAGCUGACUAUUGGAAGUGUACUUCAUGCAAUGAAACGAACCCUCCCCUUCCAUCACAUUGCAACAGAUGCUGGGCCCUUCGUGAGAAUUGGCUUCCUGAAGACAAAGGGAAGGAACAAGGAAACAUGCCUGAGAAAACUGAACUAGAAAACUCAGCACAAGUAGAAGAGGGCUUUGAUGUCCCUGAUUGUAAAAAAAAUACAGUGAAUGAUUCCCAAGAAUCAUGCGUUGAGGAAAAUGAUGAAAAGAUUACACAAGCCUCCCACUCCCAAGAAAGUGAGGACUUUUCUCAGCCAUCAACUUCUAGUAGCAUUGUUUAUAGCAGCCAAGAAGAUAUCAAAGAGUUUGAGAAAGAAGACACACAAGACAAAGAAGAAAUUGUAGAAAAUAAUUUGCCCAGUAAUGCCAUCGAACCUUGUGUGAUUUGCCAAGGCCGACCUAAAAAUGGUUGCAUUGUCCAUGGCAAAACAGGACAUCUUAUGGCAUGCUUUACAUGUGCAAAGAAGCUGAAAAAAAGAAAUAAGCCAUGCCCAGUAUGUAGACAACCAAUUCAAAUGAUUGUGCUAACUUAUUUCUCCUAGUUGCCCUGCUUAUAAAAUUAAAAUUAUAGCCCUGGCUGGUGUGGCUCAGUGGAUUGAGCACCAGCCUGUGAA